AUGGAGAGCUUUGCCUCAACGCGACCCCAGCCGGACUUCUUGCGGGAUAUCGGCUAUCUCGUCCCCGAUAAGGGACCGGUCAGCGUAACCACACAGUUUGUGGACGAGGAGAUUGCGAAGGUGCCAGCACCUCAGUUAGUGGUGCCCUCCGACAACGCGCGUUAUGUCCUGAAUGCCGUGAAUGCUCGCUGGGGGUCCCUCUAUGAUGCCCUCUACGGCUUCGACGUGAUCCCUGCCUAUUCCGUCACGAGCAGCGGUGUGGAGAUCAAUGCCGCCAAGGGCUCGUCCGGCUAUAACCCCAUGAGAGGAGAGGCCGUCAUCGACUUCGCGAAUGGCUUGCUCGACGAGAUCGCUCCCCUUGUCCAUGGAAAAUGGGGCGAUGUUUGCCGGCUUUGGCCCAAGUUCGUGGGCUCUGUUCAGCGACUGGAGCUUCUCCUCAAG